CAUUCUCCCAGGAUGCUCUCGCCCUCGGGGCUUCACCAUCCAUCACUGCUGCUGCUUAUGGCAGAGACACACACCUGGCAGACCAGACAGAUAGAGAGCUGUAGGAUCAAAGGUCAACAACUUCACGACUGAGACUGGGAUUCAAGGUCAACCUGGUUGUAUGGUGCUGUUAUGAGACGUGAAUCAAUCAAAGUUUGAUGGUACACAGCACUAACCCUCUGUAUUUUCAGACAAGUUGCAGAGCUGAAGCUGAUGAGUCUCUUUCCUAGUGUCUGCUGAGAAACUAAACCAGUAAAGAUAAGAGCUUCCUGUGAGAACGAAACCGUUUUUCCUUCACACGGACAUGUUUCUGUUGUACUUCACGCUUUUUGAUUUCAUGUUUACACCCUCUGUCUUUUUAUAAAUCAUAUAACGAUCCUUGUUUCACUCCCUUCAGUCUCAGACACGUCGGACAUGCAGAUACAGAACUUUAGAAACAGCCACUAUAAAUGCCAACUGUAGCACAUAAUCAACAGUAAAUAAAGCUAUGAAGCUAGCUGUCAUCCUCGUCUUCACACGGAACUCCUGAUAAAUGAUUGUAAAGUGUUUACCUUUCAUUUCCGGUUCUGUCUACAUGAGGUUGGGGAGCUCCACGUUAGCGCAGCUAGCUAACUAGCACAUACACAAGACUGAAGCACUUUACUAGCUAGUCAACAUUAGGUCGGAAGGAGGAAUUGUGGGAUAUGAAGUUCUCUUCCAGAAGAUGCCUUUCGAGCGAGGAAUAAACGAGCUCAUUUGGUUGGAAUUAAAUAAAAAAUCAUUCUAAAGAGUCAAUACAGAUACCGACCCUUGCUACUUUAAGAUGCCUAUCCGAGCACUGUGUACUAUCUGCUCGGAUUUCUUCGAUCACUCCAGAGAUGUAGCUGCCAUCCACUGCGGACACACUUUCCACUAUGAAUGUCUCCUCCAGUGGUUUCAGAUAGCCCCCACCAAAACAUGUCCACAGUGCAGGAAACAGGUCAGCACCAGACACAUUAUCAGCAAGCUGUUCUUUGAUGUUGGUGGAGAGGAGGGGGCCCCAGGCGCAGACCCAGAAAGCUUGCAGAAUGAGCUGGAUCGAGUUAAGGUGCUUUUAAGCUCUAAAGAGCGAGACUGGCGGGACAAACAGAAGGUGAUGGACAGUUUGAAGGACACCGUUGACAAGCACAGGAGAGACCUGGACAGCACGAAGAAAGAGAUAAUGGAGAAGGACAUGCUCUGCUCUGCACUUAGAAAGCAGAUGACUUACCUGGAGACACAGCAGAAUGAUAUUCAGGCUGCCAAGGACGAGAUCCGCAGACUCAGAACCAAGAUGAAAACUUUUGAAAGCCUGGACGUGUUGUUACAGGGUCAGAGAACAGAGGUGGAGUCCAUGAUCACGGAUAUGGGUGUCAGCCAUGCAGCAAUGGAGCAGCUCUCAAUCUACUGCAUCUCACUCAAGAAAGAGUAUGAUAAUCUAAAAGGAAGCCUGAAGUCUUCAAAUGAAAUGUGCGAGAAGCUAAAGAGAGAAGUGCUCUCCUCCAACUGCAAGUUGCAAAAAGCCUCAGUGGGGAUGAAUCAGUCCAAGAAGGACACGGAGUCUCUGCAGAAUGAACUGUCAAAUGCAGACAAGGAGAUCUCUAGUCUGAGGAAGAAGGUGGAGUUUCUUCAGAAGACUCUGAGCACGCCGACGCGGACAAACGAAACCCUGAGUCGGCUCGUCUUCGAAAGCCCGGCCCCUAUGGAGCUGAGGCAGCCCCGCCUGCACCAGCCUGCAGAUUGCGAGGACAUUGACCUCAAUAUGACCUAUGACGUGUCUACGCCAGAUGAUGUUGCCAAGAGGCCGUCGCAGGUCCCGUCUAAGAAGAUGCGUCUUGACCCUCCAGUGAUGUCCAGACACCACGAGAAAAGUUUAAUUUCAACAAAGGCUCAACAUGAGGAUGCAUCCAUGGAUCUCUUUAUGAGGAACUCCCUCCUGUUUAGAAAGAAAACCUUUGGCAGCAUGUUGGACCCUCAGAGGAAGCCUGGAGUUGUGAGAACUGGUUAUGAUGGAUUAGGAGGACGAACUAAAUUCAUCCAAGCUUCUCCUCUAUCAGAGAUCCGCCCUCUGAUGAAAGGUAAAAGGAAGAAGGUGACCAGGCCUCUGCCCAGGAUUGAAACGUGCCUGACCCUGGACAGCUUCCUGCAGUGAGCGCAAGCUUCUCCUUCCCUCCCGGACGACUUCCUGGUCCUGCUCUGGCACAAAUGUAUUGAGUGUGUUAGUCUGAAUUUUCUAUGUCAAGACUUCAGGCUUCUUUGAGCCUGUUUUUGUAGUUGUAUGUCUGUGCCUCAGAGACUAACUUAUUUUUGGACCAUUCAAAAGUCAGUAGAACAGUAUUAUGUCCCCGAUCAUCACAUGUCUCUAUACUGACGUCUGAAAAAUUAUUAUUUAUAAUUUUUUCAGACUUAUUUAAACUGCCUCCAUGAACUCCAACCUAUAAUGUAGUUGUUUUUUUUAGUUGUAAAGGUCGUGCCGGAUGAAAACACAAAUAAUAAACAAUAUUUUUUUAAUUAA